UGGCAAGGGUGACGUGGAGUUCUUCCUAAGAGCACAGCUGCAGCAGUGGCCUGGGUGGAGGCAGGGCCCUGGGCAGUACUGCCUCCCAGAUCCUCCCUUCAAGCUUCCCAGGGGUAAGGGACAUGCAGCCCAAGGGUCUUUGCUUGGCCUGACUCCAUCAAGGGGACUCUCUGUCCCCAGUAACAGCAGAGAUGGCAGGUUUAUCAAGCGUCUCUCUACCCAGCUAUGUCCUCACCCUUCUCUUCCUCCAGCUGUCUUCCAGUUAUGCAGGACAGUUCAGAGUGAUAGGACCAGGGCACCCCAUUCGGGCUCUGGUGGGGGAUGAAGUGGAACUGCCAUGUCGCAUAUCUCCUGGGAAGAACGCUACAGGCAUGGAGGUGGGGUGGUACCGUCCCCCCUUCUCUAGGGUGGUCCAUCUCUACAGAAAUGGCAAAGACCAAGAUGCUGAGCAGGCACCUGAAUAUCGGGGCCGGACAGAGCUGCUGAAAGACACUAUUGGUGAAGGAAAGGUGACUCUCAGGAUCCGGAAUGUAAGGUUUUCAGAUGAAGGAGGUUUCACCUGCUUCUUCCGAGAUCACUCUUACCAAGAGGAGGCAGCAAUGGAAUUGAAAGUGGAAGAUCCCUUCUACUGGAUCAACCCUGGAGUGCUGGUCCUCAUCGCUGUGCUGCCUGUGCUCCUUCUGCAGAUCACUGUGGGCCUCGUCUUCCUCUGCCUGCAGCACAGACUGAGAGGAAAACUUCGAGCAGAAAUAGAGAAUCUCCACCGGACUUUCGAUCCCCACUUUCUGAGGGUGCCCUGCUGGAAGAUAACCCUGUUUGUAAUCGUGCCAGUUCUUGGACCCCUGGUUGCCUUGAUCAUCUGCUACAACUGGUUGCAUCGAAGACUAGCAGGGCAGUUUCUUGAAGAGCUAAGAAAUCCCUUCUGAGUGCUGUGGCAUCUUUGACAAGGGUGGAGGCGAGCCUGGUGGGUCCAGAGACUGAUCCUUGGGGAUGUCUCAUCCAUCAAGUUGCACACUCACUGGCCACUUUGCUACGGAGACAUUCCAAUCCAUACUUCCAGGAAUACUCUGAAAUUCCAAAUAGAAUUGAUUUCCCUUCUGUCAUCUACCUUUUUUCUCCCUUUCCUCAGCUCCUUCCAUCCUUUGCCAUUGUUUGCUUCUCAUGUCUUUCUCCUCCUCUGUCCUUCACUAGGAAGCCCUCUCUGGCUAAAGCAAGGUGGGUCUCUUUUCUCCAUCAGAGGACACCUGUGCUGGAGCAUAGCAUAAAAACUGGAGACCAAGAGUCUCCUCACUGCAAAUUACAGAACAUCCAAUUUGCAAAUGGUGGUUGUUUUCUUCCAAGACUGAGCCCUUAUUGAGCAGAGCUAGAGGGUAGAAAGAAUCCAAAAUAUCAAAGAGGAAGCUGAAUGAGCUUCAGAGUGAGGAUGUAGGGAGCCCUAACCAAGACCUGGAGAUGGGGAGAGACCACAGAAUACCAGCCAGAGCUCUACCUUGUCUCAGCAGCCUGCGGAGGGCCUCAGGAAGCAAUGGAAGGGAACCAAGCAGCGCAACUGCUUUAGAAUGGUUUCCCUUCUACUUCCACAUCUUCUCUGCAUCCCUCACACUUUCUCUUCUCUAAUCUUUUUUCUCCCAUCUUCAUACCUAUCAGAGUAGCCAUGGUUUUAUUCAACAAAUACUACUUGAUGAUCUAUCAGACACAAAGAAACAAGUUAGGUGCUAAUUAAUAAUAUGAGUUUCUAUAUGCACACUUCUUUUCCCUUUUCUUUGUUGUAUUUUCUUCAUCAUCCAUUCACCUCUCUCUCUCUACUCAAGCCUCCUGACCCUGGAGGUCAGUCCUCAGGAAAACCAAACACAAAGACCUCUGUUGGAAAGGCCAUUUAUUUGUUUUGAGAUCCUCACUGCCUACUUUGCCUUGUCUCCUUUGCAUGCCUUUUCCCAUACUGCCUCUCUCCUGGGAAUAUGGAUUCUCGAAGAUCUGUUUCCUCCAUGCCUCCAGUCCUUCCCAGUCAUGGAGAAUCAUGAAAGCACCCAAGCCUCUGGCCCAGGAUUACCCAGCAUUUAUGGGGACUGCCUAGGCACUGAUCCUUGCCUUUAUAGCGUCUCCAGUGAUUCAGAAGGUCCUCUUUGUCCCCAAAGCAGAGGUCACAGAUGGGGCAACGGUAGAUCUUUUGCUUCCAGUGAGUCUGCUGGUGCUUGGCGAGCCAGAAGGAUGAGCUGAAGGACUUGCCACAAUGGAAGCAGGAGAUCAGCUGCUCUGUGAGGUGGACCUUCUGGUGGCUAGCGAGAUAGGCUUUCUUGCUAAAAGUCAAGGGACAAUGUGGGCAAGAGAAGACCUUGAGUCUUGAGGGCUGCACUAGAGAAGAGCUGAAUCUGGUAUUCGGGCAGGAGGAUCUACUGUCCCGUGCUUGUGUCCUGGUCACAGGACUCUCAUUUCUAAAUAUGGGUUCCUGGGUCCUAGUCACUGGUGCCUGGAUGGACCUCUGUCUCCUUACAAUGGGCUCCCGGAAUCCAGCUGUGCCUGGAACCCUCACAAUAUGCUCCUGGUUUCCAGCCACUGGCUCCUGGUUUUGGUGUAUCUUCUGGUGGCGUUUCAGCUCAGACUUGUCCCGGAAGCACUUCCCACACUCAGGGCAUGAAUGGGGUCGGUAACCCAAAUGAACACGGCGGUGCCGACUCAGUCCAGAAGCAUCACAGUAGGUCUUGUCACAGAGUGGGCAACAGAAGGGUCUCUCCCCAUGAUGUUUGCGCCUGUGGUAGCUGAGGGCCUUGGGGCUCCAGAACAACUUCCCACACUGGCUACAGAUGUUAGUCUGCUUAGGGUUGUGAACAAACUGGUGGUUGUGGAGGUAGGAGCUCUUGCUGAAACACCUGCCACAGGCGUGGCAGAGAAAAGGUGGCCCAGCUUGGGAUGUCUGGAAUACUGAGGUCCUGCCAGAGCGUGGACUCUGGCCUGUCCCUCUGUGAACAAGAGAGACUUUCUUAUCAUCACUAGUCCCCUCAUCUCUCAGAUUCUGACCUGGCUCUUGAAAUUCUUCCUUCUUGCCUCCUGCAGCAAACGAGGAAGUAUUGAUGAUACAAGAGUCACAAGGAGAAGGCCAGUGCAAGCUUUCCCUUCAGAGCGAGCCACUUCCCUUUUGCCAACCCUUUCCCACCGGUGCAUUUACCCUCACCCUUGGACUUCAUAGGGUGGAGACAAGAAAAACUUUAGGCUUUUCAAAUUAUAAGCAAAUAAAAAUUUAACUGGAAU